CUAUUUUUUAUAAUAUUUAAAUGUAAUAAAAAAUGGUUUUUGCGAUAGGUAAAAUAAAGUAUAAACUAAUUAUUAUAGUUUUGGUAUUGAUUGAAAUAAUUAAUGCUGAAUAUUUUAUAUUUGACGGUAAACCUAAUGAUUUUAAAAUAUGUGAAAUAAAUAAGCCUGCAAGCUUUAAUAUAUCAUUAAAUAAUGAUUUCUUUCAAAUAUCAAAUAUUACUUUAAAAUACUUAUUGGUUAAUAAUUCAAAUGGACAUUACUAUUUUGACCCCAAACUAUAAAGACCAAAACAAUAAUAACAACCUCUAUAUUGAUGAACUAAUAUAUUAUCUUUUAUACCAAUACCAGUAUAACUUAUCACCAAAACCAAAUUUAAAGUGUGCAGAAUUUCUAUCCACCUAUUUGUGUACCUAUACUUUUGUUGAAGUUAAUAAAAAACCCUGCAAUGAUAUAUGUGAAGCUGUUAUAAAUAAAUGUUCUAAAGAAUUAAUAAUUACCAAUUUUCAAGUUAUCCCCAACCAAAGAGAAUGUGAAAGUAAUGGAACAUUAGCAGAAAAGUCAGUUCAAGAGGGAAAAGAAUGUAGUUUAAUUAGUUUAAUAUCAUCAAAAUCUUUAGAAAGUUGGUGGACUGAUCAAUCUAUCAAUUUGAAUGAUGUUGAUGACUAUAUUAAAUACCCGGGUGGUGUGGUACGUGGCUCUGUAUUGGGAUUUGGUGUAUUAUUAGCAAUAUUAUUAAUUAUUGGAAGUUUACAUUUUGUAAUGAAAUAUCAAGAUAAAAUAGUAUAGACUCAAAAACAAAACUCCUUUUAUUUUAUUGUAUUUUUAAUGCUAAAAU